UCGGGCCACGUGAGGGGCGAGUCACGCGAUUUCCGGGAACCCGUCAGGAAGGGACAUAAACAAACAAACCCGGGGCCGCAUGGAGGGGCCGGGCCGGGCCGCGCGGGGCCGCGGCCCCCGCUGAGCGCCAAGUCGACAAACAGAAAAGCUCCGUUGGGGUGAACUGAAGUUAUCCUAAGGAAAAAUUUCAUUGCAUGGACAGUGUAAACUCCCUAAGACUGAAGUAAAGCUGGAAAGGAAUCUACAAGUGAAUAAAACAAGAAGUUUGGAAUUGGAUUUGGGGAAUCUGGGCUUGGAAAUGCCUCAGCCCAGUGUGAGUGGAAUGGACCCUCCUUUUGGGGAUGCCUUUCGGAGCCACCUGUUUUCAGAGCAGACUCUGAUGAGCACGGAUCUCCUGGCGAGCAGCUCGGAUCCCGACUUCAUGUAUGAGCUGGACAGAGAAAUGGACUAUCAGCAAAGCUCCAGGGACAACUUGCUUUUCAUGGAGGACUGCAAAGACCUUGAGAACUUGGAGUCUUUUACAGAUGUCCUGGACAAAGAAGCUGCUUUCACCUCCAAGUGGGAGCAGUGGGAUACCUACUGUGAAGACCUAACUAAGUACACUAAAUUAACCAGCUGUGACAUCUGGGGAACAAAAGAGGUGGAUUACCUGGGCCUUGAUGACUUUUCAAGCCCAUACCAAGAUGAAGAGGUGAUAAGCAAAACACCCACACUGGCUCAGCUGAACAGCGAGGACUCCCAGCCUGUCUCAGAUUCACUCUACUACCCUGAUUUGCUCUUUAGUGUAAAACAAAACCCUUUAAACUCUUUGUUGCCUGGCAAAAAGAUGGCGAGCAGAGCAGCGGCGCCGGUCUGCUCCUCCAAGAACGUUCAGGCCGAGGCCGCGCUGUCGGACUGUGCCCAGAAGGCCAGCAAGCCUGGCAGCCAGCCUGCUUCCAGUGCACAGAUCAUGGCCAAGACCAACGUGUACAGCAGCGAGAAGGUGAACCUUCACGUGGAAUGUAAAGACUAUGUUAAAAAAGCAAAAGUAAAGAUCAACCCCUUGCCGCAGAGCAGGCCGGUGCUGAGCCAGGCGCACGCUGACGCAGCCAAGGAAAACACCUGCUACUGUGGGGCUGUAGCAAAGAGACAGGAGAGAAAAGGACUCGAGUCCCCCCAUGGUCACAGUACAACUCCUGGUUUGCCUUUUAAAGAGACUCAAGAGCUGCUCCUCAGCCCUCCCCAGGAGAGCCCAGGGCUGGCCGUGGGGGAGAGCAGCCUUUCCGCCAGCGCCUCCGUGUCGGACUCCUCGCAGAAAAAAGAAGAGCACAAUUAUUCUCUUUUUGUAACAGACACUUUGGGUGAGCAGUCAGUCAAAGCAGAGCCUGAGGAAGAGGAGGAGGAUGAGGAUGAUAUUGAAGAUGAGGACCACGAUGAAGGCUUUGGCAGUGAGCACGAGCUGUCUGAGAACGACGAUGAGGAGGAAGAUUACGAGGAUGAUAAGGAUGAUGACAUCAGUGAUACCUUCUCAGAACCAGGGUAUGAAAACGAUUCUGUGGAGGAUUUAAAAGAAAUGACUGCAAUAUCCUCUCGGAAAAGAGGCAAGCGGAGAUACUUCUGGGAGUACAGCGAGCAGCUGACGCCGUCCCAGCAGGAGAGGAUGCUGAGGCCAUCCGAGUGGGACAGGGACACCCUGCCCAGCAACAUGUACCAGAAGAAUGGGCUCCACCAUGGAAAAUAUGCAGCAAAGAAGUCACGGAGGACUGAUGUAGAAGACCUGACUCCCAACCCCAGAAAACUCCUCCAGAUUGGUAACGAGCUGAGGAAGCUGAAUAAGGUGAUCAGUGACCUGACACCUGUCAGUGAACUUCCCUUAACUGCCAGACCCAGGUCAAGGAAAGAAAAGAACAAGUUGGCUUCCAGGGCUUGUAGGCUAAAAAAGAAAGCCCAGUAUGAAGCCAAUAAAGUUAAACUCUGGGGUCUCAACACGGAAUAUGAUAAUUUACUAUUUGUCAUCAACUCCAUUAAACAAGAAAUAGUUAAUCGGGUGCAGGUACCUAAAGAUGACAGAGGAAUCAACAUGGAACAAAAGUUGAACAUACUUAUUAAAGACACUCUUGGACUUCCUGUAGCUGGGCAGACGUCGGAGUUUGUGAACCAGGUGCUGGAGAAGACAGCGGAGGGAGACCCCACGGGCGGCCUGGUGGGGCUCCGGAUACCCAUGGCCAAGGUGUAGGGCAGGACUGGAGCUGUCUGGGGCAGGUUCUGCCUGUGCUGCCGAGUUCCUCCUUGUAAAUGGCAUCCUGGUCUGCAUGUCAGCUUAGCAUUCUGUCAACACUCACCUGUAGGUUCCAUUGCUUUCAAUAACAGUGUAGGAAAACAAAUCACGGCGUGGUAGGAAAUGCCGCGGAGCAUUUUUGGACCAUAAACCAGAUAGUUUCAAAGCUGCUUCAAGCUCAAGGGCAGAAAUGAGAGUUCUCUUUCAAAUGAUCUAGGACCAGAAUAUAUCACUUUUGUUUUCAAAGCAAAAACAUGGGUUUGCUAGAGAAAAUAUUUUAGCAUUUGCCAGACAUUGUGACAGGUUUAUGGUCCAAGUGAAGUAAGAGGAAGCAUUUUUUUGGUGAAGCUGUCAAUGUAGGAAGUUUUUUGUUAUUUUUUAAAUUUUAUUUUUAAAUAAUUGGAUUUUCUUUUCUUGUUCUUUAAAAAAAAACAGUAAGCUUUCUUUGCAACCAUUAACUUGUACAUAGCACACGCAGCAUUAGAGCUAGUGUGCCAUAUAAGACUUUAAUUUUCUGAGCUUAAUAGAGUAUUUAAAUGUCUGUGCAAGCAAGAGAAAAAAAAAGUAUAUUCUUUGUGCCUUGUAUUUUGUGAGGAGAGCUAUCAGUAUAAGCUGGUAAAGUUUUGUAUGAAGAAAACCCUGAGGGGCAAAACCGAGCUGUAUAGAUGGCGAGAUUUUAGGUUUUAAUGUAUUUGUUCCAGCUCUUAAAAAUUUUUGAAUGUAUAUAGGAAUAUGUUGAAAAUGUAGAUAUAUGCCACAGAGUCUAUGUAUUGUAUAAAAGAUGGCUCUAGAAAACUCAAUUUCGGUACUUUGGCCGGAAGAAAACAAAUACUUGCACAUUAAUGCGAUUGUUUAUUUUUGUACCAAAGACAAAUGCAACUGAUAUGGCGAACUGCCAGUCUAAGUAAAGUUUUGCACAGCUUAUAUGAUACUGUACUGAAUGUAAAAACAAAAGAAAAAAAGAAAAAAAAUUAAAGGUCAGGGUUAGGGAUCUUACUGAACUGUGAAUUUUUUUGUUUGGGUCCAAUUAUCUACAGAAGGAGCAUUCAUACAUAACAAUAUUAUUUUGCUGUUCUUGUAGUUCGCUUCCAUGGUAGAUAAGUUGGUGGCCGUCUUGGAGUCUUUAAAUCUUUUUUCUCUGCACUUACUGUAGGAGAUUUUAAUAUAUUUGGAUUUUAGUAAGCUAUUGGUAAAAUAGUUUUCGACUUUGAGAAUUUAAAAAAAAAAGUAUUUAGCUUGUUGUAGUAUACUUCCACCAAACAACCAAAAUAAAAUUAUUUUUAUUGUAACGUGUAUAUAUGUAAAGAGAAAAAAAAAGAGCUACAAAUAUCUAAUUCCUUAGUUGCCACUUUUCCAGUUGAUGUAUUAUUAUGCAUGUGAUGUUUCCAAGGAUCAACACAGGCUUCAAACAAAACAAAAAAAUUUAUAGACUUUUAUAUUUUUGUACAGGUAUUUCGAAACUAGCUUCUUCAGACUUAUAUGUGACUUAUUCUUGUUAAUUCAGUAGUUUCUAUGAUUGAAGAAUAUUAACACAAAGUUCUUAUUUGCUCUUCUGCUAAUAAGAGUUGGCUUUGUAGUCAGUGUUAACGUACAGAUUAAAAGCUUUAGCCUUUGAUGAGAAAGUCCUUUAUCUCAAGGCAAGAUCAUUCUCUGGUUUCAUGGACCCCCCUCCUUUUCCUCCCUGUUCUUUCUCUCCCUAUUUAAAGAUGACAAAACACUGUUUACUGAAAAUAGAAAUACCAAAUAUUUUCAAAUGUAGCUGCUGAAAAAAAGAAAAUGCAAAAGUCCAUGAAGGCUUUUCCCCCACUCCCUUUGGGGAACUUCUCCACUUCGUUUCUAGUUUGUCUGAGUUUGUUUGUACUGUGAUUCCUUUUUGUUUAUAAGUAGAUUAUUUUUAUAUCCGAGCUUGUACUAUAAGAGAAAAAAAGCCUGAAUUGGUAACAGUGCAGGAGGAGUGGCUGCUGAAAGUGCUGGCCCUGCCACACUCACAGCUUCCUUUGUACCUAAAUAUUUUGGAAAACUCAAAAGGGAGGAAGAGGCCAAAAUACCACUACUGAGCUGUACAGAAAGUCUUUCCUACAAGAGACUGAACAAAUACCCAGGGCAAUUCAGGCAAAACUUUGUAAAUCCACUUAAGGCUUGCAAAAUCUGAGUGGAAUGUGGGUGUUUUUCUUUGUGGUGGUGGUGGUGGUGGUGUUCAGGUGAGGUGAGAGUUGGCUGCUGCUUUCCACAGUGGGUCUGGUGUAUUCCUCUUGUUCUCGUGGAGCUGCCCAGGGCCCCAAAAACCCUGAGAGAGAAUGUGUCCUGUGAGGUGCAGGCUGUGCCUGAGCAGGGCUGGAGCUGCCUAGGGCCCCAAAAACUCUGAUAUAAAUGUGUCCUGUGAGGUGCAGGCUGUGCCUGAGCAGGGCUGGAGCUGCCCAGGGCCCCAAAAACUCUGAUCUAGAACGUGUCCUGUGAGGUGCAGGCUGUGCCUGAGCAGGGCUGGCACACAGAGCUCGUCCCUGUGCUCCAUCCAAACCCUGCAGGCGAGGCAGCAUCUGAGCAUUGAGAGAGAGCGGUUUCAAAUCAGGUAAAAACUUCUGGGACAAAUUCAACUGACAAGGCAUAUAAAAGCCCCCUCACUUUUUUUGCUGCCUGGGAAUCCUGGGCAACACACAACUUUAUAGCUUUUUAUUUUUGUCUGAAAACCAGACUAUGAUUUUGGUCUCGCAUUUCAAAGUAGACUUUGAAUCUUUAGUGAGUUCCAUACCCUUGCAUUUCAGUGUUUCCUAUGUAUUAUUUUAAGUUAAAGCUUUGAAAUAGUUGAGCUUUUUAAUGUUGACACUUUAUUUUGUAACUAUUUAUAUGUAUGUAUAUCUUAGAAAAGCACUUUGUUUAAAAAAAAAAAGAGGAAAAAGAUAAAAAAAAAAAGAAACUGCGUUUUAUAUGAUUCCUGCCACUUGCUGCUAACUCUGGGCUGGUCAGAAUGCUGCAGCGAUACUUGAGAUAAAUAAAACCUGGCAGUAAAAUGUAGAGUAAAGAUAAGACCUUUUGCUGGUUUAACUUUAUCAUAAAGGUGACAUAGGCAAGCUGUGCAGCUUUACAUUUUAACCAGGGGACUCUGUGGCAUUUAAACCGUCUAGAAAUGGUUGUACUUUAAUGCCAGUAACAAUCUGCUUCCUCUAGUGUCAUUAAAAUAUAUACAUUUAGUGUAUACUUAUCACAAACAAAAAUCUUAUAAGGGUAUAAAAACCAACAAAUGUACAUGUUCUGUUUUUUGGCAAUUGUGGCAUGCGUUUUGGGGUGAUCUUUAGAGAAGACCAUUUUCUAAAGAUUUUCAGUGUUCAUACAUAGUAUGUGGAUCUUAACGAAAUCCUGGGUUUUUUGUUUGUUUUUGAUUGUAGGCAUUGUGAAUAUUCACUUUUAAUCCUAUAUCCAAAAACAAUGAUCUAUUUUUUGAUUUAAUACAACCAGAAAGCUCUUCCUUUUUCUGAUACACUGGAUUCUCUAGGAUUUGUUUCCAUAUGAAAAGCAUGCUGUCAUAACUGCUCUUGUCGAGAUCUCGUCAGUCUGAACGUAGGUGCCACACUUGGAAUCGAUGGGCUGCUUGUUCUGCUGUACCAUGUAUGACCCUCGUCCUUCCCCUCCCUCCAUGACAGAUGAUGAUGUGGCUUUAUAUUGUGCCUUACUUGUACAUCUAGAACUAAGUGUUUCUCAUUCCCUCUGAACUCGUCAAAGCUUCUGAGGUGGAGUCAGAGCUGACUGAAGCGUGCUGGAGCGAGUGCAGACAGGGCUGAUUUCAGUUUCUCUCACCAGUCCUUUCGUAUUUCUAUGGAAGACCAGUUUUUGAAUGGCCUUGCAAAACGUGGGGGUGCUCCUGAAGGGUGUUUUUAAACCCAAAGCCCCUUUUGCUAAUGCUUUUAUGGUUUAUUGAACACAUUUACUGAUAUUUGGUGAGUGCUUUAUGUUUUUUGGGAUGAGAGAGACUUACUACUAAAGCUGUGUUUACGUGUGGAUGGGCUGGAUUGUCUUAUCAUACCAGUUGAAAUCAUUGUGAUUUAAUAAAGUUGUAUUGCUGUAAAGCUGAUGUGAGAGUCAGGCUCAGCUGUGUUCAGUUCCUAAUUUAUAGGUUGACUAUUUUCCAUACUAAGAGGGCCAGGGAAAAGUUGGGUUUUUAAAAAAAAAAGCAAACAAACAAAAAACCAACCUAAAAUGGAUGAAAGGUCUUUUAACUAACCUAAAAGCAAACAGACACUUUGGAAAUGUAGAGGUGUCAGUUUAAAAUUUAUUUUUAAAAGACACCCCCCAAUAUUUAUCUAAUAUUUAUCUUGCCUUCAUUAAUGAAACAGCUUAUUCACAGCUAUAAUGACUGGAUGUGCUUUUCCAUAAAUCAUUUAAACAUAGCUAUUUUAUUUUAAAGAAGCUCUGAAGGGUUUUACUGGGAGAAUUUCCAAGGGUUGUAUCCAAGCUGCCUCCAGCAGAAAUAGCAAAUGCAGUCCUGUUCCUCAAACGUGCUUGCUUGUCUUCCUGAAAUUCUGCUGAGGCACAACCCAGUUCUGGACCGUGAAUGUCAGGAUCUGUAUUUGGCCUUGAGACCCGAGUUUCAAGAGUGCAUCUAAGCAUGAUUUGGUUUUCCUUUGAAGGUGGAAUCACCUAGUGGAGUGUGCUGCUAGAUGUGGUCUUGGCUUGCUGACACAGCCUUGCACACAGCUGAGGUUUAUUUUGUUUACCCCGGGGAUCGUGUGAAGUACAUUUCAAACAGUUGCUGCCUCGGUGACUGAUCCUUCUUGUAACUGUAUUAAGGGCAUUAGUCUGUUGAGAAAACACCACUCUUGAAUAUCUCCCAAUGUAAAUUGGGAUUCUUCGAUGUCAUUAAUCAAAGAUGGCACUUUCAGACUGUAUCUUCUUUGCAGCAAACAAAAAUCUCUGUCUUUCUCCAACUUGCAUUUCACGAUAUGCCAUGUUUUCCCUCCAGUGCUUCAAGAAGGUGUCUUUGCACUCUGGAUAUAAUCCUCAGCCUCUUAGACAUCCGUGAACUUCCAUGGGAGCAAAUACUGACUCUGAAUUUAUUGUUUUUUAACAAGCUGUGGAGCUAAAAGUGGAACCAGAGCUCUUUGAAGCCACACUUGCAUUUUUUUUUUGUUUCCCCCAUUUAAAAAAAUCCAAAAUUCCAAGCUUUUUAUAUAAUAUCAUUGUUCAGAGUUUUUCUGGAGUUUAAAGUAAUUUUUAGUUGGGUAUAUUUAAAGUCAAAUUUGGGUGACUUAACUACUGCUGUAGAGAAAACUUAUGGAUUAGAUUUGAUAUUGGAAAAAGCACAUCCCACCCUAUCUUGUAUUUAUCUUGUAAUGAUGGAUAUUCAUGCAUUUUGAUUGGAAUCAUCUACCUUACCAGAAUAUUAUAUAUCCAAGGAAAACUUCUUGCUCAGUAUUUGUAGUUGGGUGAACUCUUAAGGCUGAUGGCACAUGAAGAUGCAAAAAAAAAAAAAAAAAAGGCAUUUUAAACAAAACAUGGCAUCCUGUUCUGCCUGUGCUUGGGGUCAUGAUUGUAAUGCUGUCCUUGAUAUUCUAUAAUCAACUUCCAACUGGAGCUCAGUAAAACAUACUGAAAGUCUUGUCUCUGUUAGAAAAUAAAUUUACCUUGUUCAAAGCAUGAUCUGUUAAGAGUUGCAAUGUUAAAUGUUGGUUAAUAGUUGUGCAGUUUUUAUUUUUUUGAAAAGAGGCACAAUUAAACUAUUGACUUUGUUUACUCUGUCACCCUUGAUCCCUAGCACUUCUAUUCAGAUACAAAUUCAUCAAUGUAUGCAACAUCCUUUGUAAUUUAAAAUAAAAAUUGUGGAGGAAA